AUGACGCCUUCUGUCGAUCGGGCUUCGGCCAGCAGCAAUCCGGAGCAUUUCCCAGAUGCCCAUUUGAAGAUUGAGGGUAGGAAUGGCUUCAAAGUUCCUCCACUCGACGGCUCCCUCAACUUCAUAGAGAUCAUGCAAUGGCAUGCGCAGAACAAUGCCGACUUCGUAUGGGCCAAGUACCGCAAGGAGGGAACGAAUGAGGUUGUCCAGUACAACUACAGUCAGAUGUCUGCCAUGGUACAGAGGAUCACCCGCUACCUUGUCAAGCACUUCGACAGCAUUGACCUUGAUGCCGGUCGCUACCUACCUAUCGGCAAAGGUGUGCACGACAGGGACAGCCGCCCUGUUGUGGCGAUGGUAGCCAACAUGGACACGCUCUACGCCGUAGCCGUUCUCAGAGGGUCGAGAGGCACCACUGUCGACCUCGAUACUGCCUUGGACGCAGCACUUGCGGACCUUGGCGAUUCUUCGGCACCCAGAGUCAUCGAAUGGCCAGAGUCGUCAUUGUUGUUUAACCCUUCCCAAGAGCAGCUUGACAACUACGGCAAGCCCAUCCACACUCUACCUGCAGUCCAGUCGAGGGAAGAAACCCUCUUCAUCCUGCAUAGCUCCGGCUCAACGGGCUUUCCCAAAGCCAUUCCUUCUUCGCACAAGAACUCUGUAGGAUCCUUGUGCCUUCUUUGGCAUGGCGACGUCAACGUCUCUGGGCGAGACCAGUUCGUAGGCCAUCUACCAGCGUGGCACGCUUUCGCUUUCUUCAUCGGAACAGUGUGCAGCGCAGGUAUGGGCACGACCAAUGUCCUGCGAGAGCCCACGGACCCUCCGAAGCCAGUCUCCCCGCAGGAGCUUCUCGCCGAGCUAGCGUUCUGGAAGCCUUCACUAUUCCCAGCUGUUCCGGUCAUGUUUCAUGGCUGGGCGCCCAUCCCGGCGGCUGUCAAGAUACUAGCCAACAUCGAAUACUGUAUCAAUGGCGGAGGGCCCAUCGACCCAGAUGUCGCGCAUGCUCUGAAGCGUCAGGGCGUCAAGAUCAAGAAUGCCAUGGCCGCUACUGAGACGAUGUUGUCUGUCAUGAUCAAUAAUGACGAGGAUCCCUUGCGCAUGGAACUGCCAGAUCGUUUUCUACCCGUCUACCUUCGCCCUCAAGGUGACCGGGAAGGACAAGGCGAGGCUGCCAAGGCGGGUGAGGGCGACGUAUUUGAGAUCUUGAUCGGUGAGAACGACUGGUACGCCCCGAAUGUCCUCAAUGAGACGAUAGACGGGAAGCGCUACUACGCAACCAAGGAUCUGAUUCGCCUCGUCCCCAAGGAGAAACCGACCGAUCGCACGUACUUCCACGUCGUCGGUCGACUUGACGACCAGAUCAUGCACGCGACUGGUGAGAAGACGAAUCCGGGCCCCCUGUUGCAUCAUAUCCAGGCUUCCCCCUUCGUGCGUUCGGCCCUGUACUUCGGACGACAGCGCAACCACGUCGGUGCUCUGAUUGAGCCAGCUCCUGGACACGAGAUUGAUCCCACCGAUCUCGAAGCUCUGGCGGCGUAUCGCAACGCCAUCUGGCCUGCGGUGGAGAAGGCGAACAGCUUCGCGCCCUCGCACUCGCUGCUCUUCAAGGAGAUGAUCAUUGUGGCGGACAAGGCCCGUCCCCUGCCCCGCACCGCAAAGGGCAGCGUCCGCUCAGGCAUAGCUCUUGAUCUCUACAAGAAGGAGAUUGAUCAGGCUUACGAAGAUUUUGAGACCAUCGGUCGCACGUCGGUCGCUACGCCCGAGGUUUGGGACGAGCAAACGGUUGAGAUGUUCGUACGCUCCGUCAUCGGCGAUGCACUCGGCCGCAACGUCGACAAGGGGCUUGGCAGCGACGCAGACAUCUUUUCAUUUGGCGUGAAUUCGCUCAAUGCCACCAAAAUCCGAAAUGUCUUCGCUGGCGCCGUGCGCGAUGCUACGCCCAGGCUCGAGCCGGCAUUCGUAUACGCCAAUCCAACCAUCCAGGCCUUGACGACCGCGCUGCUCGCGGCGAAGAAAGGAGAGUACACGCCUAGUGGCGCAGCGGCCGAUGCUGACCUGGGCAAGCAGCAUCUGGAGGCGAUGCAGGCUAUGCUGGAAAAGUACGGCAAGAACUGGCCGCAGCGUCGUGCAAGCAAGAGCAAUGGCGCAGCGAAGGGGCAUAGCAACGGCAGCCACGCUGCUGCCGGGCAGGUCGCCCUCGUCACUGGCACCACGGGCGGACUCGGCGCUCACCUACUCGACCAGCUCGUAGCCGAUGCGCACGUCUCGCGCAUCUUCGCUGUCAACCGAUCGAACAGCAGCAGCUCCUUGCUGCAGCGACAGCGCGAUGCUCUCAUCGGCCGUGGCCUCUCGCCUGAUAUCGCUUCGAACGGCAAGGUGACUCUGCUCGAGGCCGACCUUACGCAGCCUCUGCUUGGCCUCCCUCAAGAGACGUACGCUUCACUGCGCGACACCACGACCUUUAUCAUCCACAACGCCUGGCAGCUUAACUUCAAUCUCUCCCUUUCGUCAUUCGAGCCCCACGUCAAGGGAACGCGCGCCCUCGUCGACUUAGCGCUCGCCUCUCCUCAUGCGCAGCCGCCAGCAAUCCUCUUCACUUCGUCCAUCGCAGCCAUCGCUUCACCUCCCGCAGACAUGAAGGGCCCGACUCCCGAGACGGAAUUCCCGCUCGAGUGCAGCGUGGGGCCUACAGGCUACGGAGAGAGCAAGGCCGUGACCGAGCAUCUUCUGGCAAGUGCGGGAAGGGAGGCUGGUCUGCCCGUGGCGAACGUGAGGGUUGGCCAGAUGAGUGGGAGCAGGACGAAUGGCGCUUGGGCCACGAGCGACUGGCUUCCUAUGAUUGUGCGAAGCGCCUCGGAGCUCAAGUGCUUGCCCUUGAUGUCUGCUUCUGAGAAGGAGGAGAGUCAAGGAUCCGUAUCCUGGAUCCCAACAGACGUAGCCGCCGAGGCCCUGCUGGAGAUGCGCUAUCAAUUCGUCCAACAUCCUGGCGCGAACGGCAAUGGCCACAGCAAUGGCGUGACCAAUGCCGGCACACCCAAAGUCAGCACAAUGCACAUCGUCAACCCGCGCCUCUCACGCUGGGACGACAUCUUCGGCGUCUUCGCUCGGGAGCUGCAUGUCGAGCUCCUCCCCUUCACGGAGUGGUUAAAGCGUCUCGUGGAGUACGGUAAAGCAGCUGGUGUUUCAGGCGCAGAGAACCUGCCCACCUUGAAGUUGCUGGACUUCUAUCUGGGCGCUGCAAAGUCAAUGGGUAUCGCUGCCCAGGCGAUGAGGGGGGGCGACGGGGACGGAAACGAUGAUGAUGCGUACGAAGCCAUGGGUCUACGUCGCCUCAGCACGAGUAGGGCGUGCGCGGCCAGCUCUACGCUAGCGGAAAGUAAGCCGCUCAAUGUUGAGAAGGAGGUCAAGGCAUGGUUGCGAUACUGGAAGGGCGAAGGGUUCCUGCCGGAGACUGCCUAG